CUUUCUAGCAAAUAUGUUUAUUCUCAUUAGGAGUAGGUGGAAUCGAGAACACAUUUGUUGACGAAUCUACUACUUUGCCUCUCAGCUAUUCGCUUGCUGGAAGCCACUCAGUUUGCUUUCCCUAGCCAACCAUUCACCACUGAUCCUCACUCUCAUCCCAUCCAAGGGCCCUCAGCAUCUCUCCAGUUUCCAUACUAACCUUUGAGCAAGUCCAAAUCAACAUGAUGAUUGCAACGACAUACGUUCUGGUUACUUUGAUGAUUUUGAACCAUGGGCAAGUUGUUAACUCCCAUUUCGCCAGCUUUCGUCAAGCAACUGACUCCUUAAAGAGUGGUUCCAAAAGUUCCUCCGUCGGCGAAAUGAAAGAUCGUUUGGAAUUCGAAGAGGGCUCUGGAAUAAUGGAAACGAUGUUAAAUGUGGAAGAAUGUCCCGGAGAAGAUGGUCAGUUCUUCAUUUCCCUGAUGAAUCCGAGUGGAUGUUAUAUUUUCCAAACCACUGGAUUCAACUUAAAUGGAUAUCCGAAUAAUACAGGAUCUGCUCCUCGAUACUUUUGCGGUUAUACCAUUCAGUUUGGGGCUACUGUAAGUGGAACGGUGACCGUUAAAGAAAAAGAUUUUCAUUUCCAAGGACUGGACAGUCUUGGAAGAUGCGUGGAUUAUGUAUUCAUUUCUGGUGUGAACGAUGAACAACAACACAACGACAAAAGUGACAUGGAUGACCGAGAUUCGGGUAUAAAUGCCGUGCGAUAUUGUGACACGAUUACCGAAGACAAGAUCCGCGAUUUCUCUACCUUCGAACUUUUGAUUCAAUUAUCCGCCGACAACACAGAGAACGGCAACGGAGCCGAGAUUGCUAUUUGUAUUGAAUAAAAGAGAUGGGAGUCAAAA